AUGAUUUCGAAGUGGCCAAUCCACCCGGAACCUCGUGAAAGAAGCACAAAUUGUGUGCUAUCUAUUGGAUUCUUGCAAACCUGCCAGCAAAACACGUCAUCUCUACAUACCAUUCAGCUAGCUCUCCUGUGUAAAUCAAAUGUAGUUAAGAAGCAUGGCUACUCAAAAAUACUUCACCAUCUAAUUGAAGACUUGAAAUGUCUUGAACAGCAGGGAGUAUAUGUUGAACAGCUGGGAUCUUGUGUAAGGGGAUCUGUUCUGCAUGCCCUUGCGGAUAAUCUGGGCGCCCACUCAUUAGUGGAUUUUCAGGAAAGCUUUAGAGUGAAUUUCCCAUGUAGGUUUUGUCUGGCCACAAGGGAGGGCAUUAAAGUCAAGGAAGUCAGGUCAGGGUUUUUUGAAAUGAGAACAAAAGAAAAACACCAGCAGCAUGUCCAAGAUGUUCAACAGGACAGUACUCUGACAGUGCAGUAUGGUGUGAAGAGUAGCUGUCCCUUGAGUGACAGUUUGAGACACUUUCAUGCAAUUGGUGGUUUCCCUCCAGAUCUGUUGCAUGAUCUGUUAGAGGGCAUUGUCCCUGUACAGAUGGCAUUGUGUUUACAGGAUUUAAUUGGCAAACAUUACUUUUCCCUGGAGUCCUUAAGUGGUGCCAUCAAACAAUUCCCAUACAAAUUUUCAGAUAGGCCUGACCAGCCACAGCCUAUUCAACAACUGUUUGCAACCAAGAAAACAAUAGGAGGAAAUGGCCAUGAGAAUUGGGCCCUUUUGAGACUCCUCCCACUCUUGAUUGGCCAUAACGUGGGAGAGAAUGAACAUACCUGGGAAGUGCUGAUGUUGCUAAAAGACGUUGUUGAAUUGAGUAUGUCUGUCCAAUUUACUGAUGACACAGUGGAGUUUUUGAAUUGCAAGAUCUCUGAACACAGAGCUUUGCUUCAAAAAGUGUUUCCAAACUUUGUUCUGCGUCCAAAGCAUCACUACAUAGAGCACUAUCCUCAGUUAAUCAGAAUGUACGGGCCACUGAGAAAUCUUUGGACAAUGAGAUUUGAAGGGAAACAUAAGUUUUUUAAGAGAGUUAUCCGGCAUGCACAAAACUUUAAAAAUGUUCCCCUAAUGCUGGACAAGAAGCAUCAAAUGACAAUGGCCUAUCACAUGGAUGGAAGUUCCAUUUUCAAACCAGGCAUACAAAUGGAUAGGGUCAGUAGUUCACUUGUAACAGCCUUCCCUGAGAAUAUUUGCGUCUGAGGAGUCCUAAUUGCAGCACAGUGCUUGUUUCACCCAGUGUUACCAUUGAUGGCAUUAAGUAUUGCCCAGACAUGGUGGUUUCAGUUGGAUCUUGUUCAGGUUUGCCAGAAUUCGUGCAGAUUGAAAAGGUUUUGGCCAUCAAUACUGACAAAAUAUUCCUUUGUAAACCCCAGACGGCUUGGUACGUUGAGCAUUUGCGCUGUUAUGAGUUAUGCAGUUUGCAUUCACUGCAAGUUAUUCUGCCGUCAGAACUAAACAACCCCUUCCCAUUGGCAGCAUAUAUUGUGCGAGGCCAGUUCUUUGUCACAUUGAAGCAUUACAUCUGCUGCUAAAUUACAUGCAUGUGUUUAUCAUUAUUGUUUCUGUAUUUAUAUUAUCUUAUUUUAUAUUGUUUUUCUUUAGAAUUUCACGUAGCCAUGAUACUUCGCGUUAUUGUGCAUGAUGGUGACAUCCGAAAAGUAGUUAUUCCCGAAAAACCAGCCGAUGUUGAUGCCUUGAAGCACAUGCUACAGGAGAAGCUGCAUAUACUCUAUAUACUAUAUAGACACUAUACACUAUACUAUAUAGCUCUCAUAUACUUUCCACGUUCAAUAUGAAGACCCUGAUUUUAAUAAUGCAUUAUGCAAUGUCGAUGAUUUGCCAGAAAGGGUGACAUUAAAAAUAAUUCCUCUAUCCACAUCUCCAUCUUCAAGUCAGGGAAACAUUGUCAUUCUCUCAGGUUCUGAUGCAUCAGAGCAGUUAUCUGCAGAACGACAGAGUGAGUGGCCCGAGGAUUUUGAAAUCCCCAAAUGUUCUGUUAACGUUGAAUAUCGUCUUCGUCAAGGAAACCUCGCUUUUAUGAAAGAUGGAACUUAUCUUAAUGUUGGAAGAGACAGAAAACAUGAUAUACUGGAAAGUCUUGCAGGGAUUAUGUACAAUUUUAAGGCAUAUCCAAGAGAUGAAGAUUUUGCCCAAGUUGCAGCAGUGCUUAUCAGAGCACACCCAUGUUUGACCGAACCAGGCUCCUCAACAGGCUCAGCUGGUUGGAAAAACAGCCUGAAGUUUAAAAUAGCAAACAAAACUGUGUAAAUCUGGCUGUAGUGAUGUUGCUGUUGAGGGAAAGAUAGGAAGGGGAGGAAAGGCAUUAAAAAACCUAGACGGUUUGAAACAAAUUUCUUGCCAAAGUUUCUCAAUGGGGAGUGUGGGAAAUAAUUUUAUAGUCUGAAGUGUGUAUGUAUGGAAUUUUUGUUUGAUGUUGUGUAAAAUAAUCAGGGGCCAGCAUGACUGAGUUUUCAGGUAAAGUUUAUUCAUUAGAUCGUUUGAUUCUGAGAACAAUAUAGGGUUUAAUGCGACAUGUGAGUCGGUCAUUGGCCUUGCAUGUAGUCUGCAAGGGCUUCAGAGAAUGAGCAGCCGUAUCAGUGAUGUCAGUCUGGCAGGCUUUCUCAGCGGUAGCAGGCUUGCCAACUUUGGGCCAGUCAAUAUUAGACCUGUACUUCAGGUCAUCAUGACCAAUCUUCACCCUGCUGGUACCUUGAGAGGCAAUGACCUCAUCAUGGAGCAAACGCAGACAUGUUGAACAGCAAUGGCAGUACCAGGUGAAAUGUCUAGAUUAAAUAUGCAGAAAAGAAAGAUAGAUGAAAAAGCAGUGAAAUGUAAAAAUGCAAUAAUAAAGAACAAAGAUGGGGGAAUCCCACUGGUGGGGGCGGAGACACCCACAUUUUUAAUAUAAUGAUUCGCGAAAGUUUAAUUAUAAUGGUAUUCGAAAAGUUACAAAGUCAAAGAUAAUGGUGUCAAAAAAGAACCUAAUGCUCCAAAAAAGAAAAUAGGUGGGACUUUCUCAGCAUAAAGCUGGUGACGUGUUACUUUUGGAAAAGAUAAGGAAAAUGACUAUUUUCAUUUUCUUAUGCAUUUUUGCAUUAGUCUUAUGCAUUUUUGCAUUAAUAUUGUUGACACUUCAGGUACUCUGGGGGUUUGGAUAGGUUUUGCAUACAAGUGUGUUUUAUGCAGUUCUUCAAGUUUUGGGCUGUUGAACAAACUUUAACAUUUUUAUAUGAGCAUAGAUUUUGCCAUUUAACAGGAAAUGACCAAAAGGAACCCCACCUCUUUGGUUGCAUGAAGAAAAAAAACAAAACAUCGGCCGUCAUUACCUCCUGAGGUUCUUUGUGAGAAGACAGCAGCAGUGGACACUGUAAUUAGCAUCAAACUGAUUUACAUCAGGAUGAGGAAUCUUCAUCUUACUUUAAUGCUCGUCGGUGUUCUUAGAGCUUCUCUGCUGGCUGGUAAGUGUAUGUUUCAUUUGAAUCAAUUUGAUGUACUUUCUAGAUCAGGGGCAUCAGCACAUGCCCAGGUCUCAUCAGCACUUUUUGAGACUUAGAAGUACC